UUAAGGGUUCGAUGGAUCUUUCCCGGAAUCCUCUCAAAGCCCACUAGUCCCAGGACAGUUGGUCCCACGGCUCCGAAGCAAUUUCCCCUCUCCUCCGCCGUUCCACUCCACUCCACUCCAGAGAGCACGCGCCGCUCAAAACCCUCAUCCCCGCCGCGGCGCUUCCGGCGACGGCCAUGGAUACCGGGGUGCCAGCCCUUCCCUUGAAUCCGGUGAUAGCGGCGAUGUUCCGGCACCUGGGCCUUGACCCGGCUGAGGUGGAGGGCUUCCUCUCCUACACCCACUACGCCCUCCCGGAGCCGCCCGUGACGGCCGACGCUCGCCUCUUCGCUCUCCUCCCCGGCGACUCCGUCGACCGCCUGAGCCGCCUCCCCGACGCGCUCCUCGGCAACAUCGUCUCCCGCAUCCCCGUCAAGGACGCCGCGCGCACCGCGGCGCUCUCCCGGCGCUGGCGCGGGGUCUGGCGCUCCGCCCCGCUCGUCCUCGUCGACUCUCACGUCCACCCCGCGGGCACCGCAUACGCGCAGCGCGUCACCUGCGCCGUCUCCCGCGUCCUCGCCGCGCACCCGGGCCCCUUCCGCUGCGUCCACCUCACCGAGUCCCCUCUGCUCGCGGGCUGGCUCCAGAUCGUCGCCGGCAAGGGCAUCCAGGAACUCGUCCUCGUCAACCGCCCGUGGCCACUCGAGAUCUUUCUCCCCUCCACUUUCUUAGGCAUGGAAACCCUCACCCGCCUCUACCUCGGCCUCUGGGUUUUCCCCGUCACGGCCGACCUCCCGCGCGCCACCUGCUUCCCAAACCUCCUUGAGCUCGGGCUCUGCAACGUCAUCAUGAAGAGCAUCAGUGAUUUGGACUUCAUCCUCGACAGGAGCCCCGUGCUGGAGACGCUCUGUCUCGAAGGGGAGAUGUUCGAGCAUUGCAUCCGCCUUGUCAGCCAAAGCCUCCGGCGCGUGCAGAUCAUCGGGUGCUGGGUUGAAGAAAUCUUCGUGGUGGACGCGCCAUGCCUUGAGCGGCUCAUCCAGUCGGGAGGCUGGAGCCCUGAAGACCAUGAUGGCAACCGCACCAAGGUGAAGAUUGGCCAUGCCCCCAAGCUGCACAUGUUAGGAUACUUGGAGUUGGACCCAGGACACGUCCUAGAGGUCGGCAACACCAUCAUCAAGGCUGGGGCAAGGGUGAGCCCGAGCACCAUGGUACCAAGUGUGGGGAUACUGGCUUUGGAGGUGCGUUUCGGAGUCCGCAACCAUGCCAAGAUGGUUCCCAAUGUCCUCAGGUGCUUUCCGAAUGUUGAGACGCUCCACAUCAAGUCUGCGAAAACCGAUCGGUCCACUGGCAAGCUGAACCUAAAGUUCUGGCAUGAGUGUGGUGUGAUAGAGUGCAUUCGGUCGCGCAUCAAGCUGCUGGUUUUCCAUGAUUUCCGAGGGGGGCGAGCUGAGAUCGCCUUCCUCAAAUACUUCUUUGAGACCGCAUUGGUGCUGAAGAAGGUGGUGAUUCUGUUCGCCGUUGGCUUCUCUUCGACGACGGAAGAGGCGCAGUCCAAACUGUCGAGUCUGGGGUCAGUGAAACGGGCCAGUGAAACCUCUACAGUGCUGGUCACUGUACCUUCUGAUCCUGAAGUAGGUUCCAUUCGGAGCUUCAAAAUAGGAUCCGGUUUUUCUGCUGACGACCCUUUUGCAAACGGAUUUGCUAAGUCACAUCUAGAUGAAAUUUAGUUAUCUCACGUCUAAGUCUACAACUGUUGGAUUUGUUUACUUUAAAAUUCGCGCAGGGGUUGAUCACGUGAUUUGUCCCUCAUCUCGUUGUCCCCUGUCGGCCUGUUUUCUUGUUCAGGAAGAUGAGCUUCCAUUUGUUA